GGCACAGAACUUCGAGCGCCUCGCGAGCUUUCGGAAUGCCUUGUUCCCAUCGACGUUUGCCGUCUGGAUAGUACAUAUCCUUUGCAGGAUGGAUAUCAAGUCCAUGCUCACGCAAGAGACGGAUACCACACCCAAACAGUCGCAGUCCUCUGCGCCCAGAUACUCUCCUAUCCACAGUUCUCCUCACAAUCCUCGUCCACCACCGCAUAGCUUCGCUUCUCCUACAACAGCCUACAAUCACGGACCGUACCCUCCAAAUCCUCAUUCAUAUCCCCAGAGAGAGCUAUACUCUGCGACCACACCUACGGGACAUGUUCCUCCAGCGCCCUUCAAUAGACCUUCAGCCUCACCAUAUCCAAUAACAACUGCUGGAGUUAGCUACAAUGCGCCCCAAGGACAUCCCUCACAGUCGCCUUCAUCGGCGUCCGCGCGCGGACAUACUCCACACUCACAUAGAGAAUCUCCUCUGUCCGCGUCGUCAUUCUCACAUCCACCGCCAUACAACCACGCGCUGCAGUCACACCCGUCGACACCUCUCGGUCCGCCACCCUCGCUACCGCGGAGCUCAAGCUAUAUAUCAAGAGAACCUGCAAGCCCAUACAAUCAACAGCGAACACCAUCUAGCACCUCAUACAAUACUCAGUCGAAUACCCCAGUAUCUGGGCGGCCACCUGUUCUAGUACCAGAAUCGCCGGCCGUGUACGACAAUAUUAGUCCGCAAGCGGAGAGGAACGGGUCAGAAUAUACUACACAGAGAGAACGGGAAAGGACCGUGAGCGUCAGCCCCAAAACGAUGGUACCAAGCAGAACACAGUCCAUGGACAUAACACGCGCCAGUCGCGAGCACGAUCAAGCCCGUGUUACACCACCAACUUCAAUGCAAUCGAUCUUGCAACGCUCUCCGCCGCAAACUUUCUCCGCUAUUCCGCCGCCGCCUCCAACACGUGCGCUUGAACACUCUCCGCAGUUGCGGCGCGAGUCGACACCUCACGUACCACAACAGAAUUCAGCGGCUACCUCUCGCCGGGUCACACCUCAACGCUCACCUUCAACCUCUCGUACGUUCUCCGGUAGCCACCAGCAACAACAGCCAAAGACACCCAUGGCGUCGAGUACCGCUCCACAGCUACAUUUGCAGCAGACAGCCUCGCAUAACGUGAGUAAUACGCCUCGACUGAUACCACGUAAACGCAAAAGGCAUGAUCCCAUACCAAUCUGGGCUCAGAAAGCAAAUUCCAAAGGGAGUUUGAUUCCUCGUACUCAGCCACAAGCGCAGCCCCAACAGCAGAAUGGGACUCCUCAGCGUGAAGCUGACCAGGUUAAACGUACAAACAUUGAGGACCUCGAGCCAAGUUUCACCAAUUCUCGGCCUUACGAGGAGAUUACCAGAAGAUUAUGCGACGCUCUAUUCGAUUUGCUGAUAGACAAGGAUGCAAAGCUAUCGCCUAGCGAGCAACUAGAAAUUGAAGCGAAACUUGGAACUCUCAUCGAUCAUGACACGGAUCAGAGGUAUUAUUUGCCUAUAGCCAAUGAAGCAAUUAUCAACAGUAGUCGAAGAAUCCGGUUUGAAAGCAACAUGCAAGAGACUCACUUCAAGAACUUCAAUCGUUUCUUGAAUGAUCAAACAAGAAUCAGCGUGAAUCCUCAAAGCAGACGACAUCGGAUAGACUACACCCAUCGACGGGAAACUGAUACUUUCUACGACUUGGACCAGGCUGGAUUUAACAUGGUCCCGCCUCUUUCGCGGAGCUUGCUCAACAGCAAUGUGAAAUCGAACAAAGUUCGUGUCACCCGUGACAACAAAACUGGGGAGAUCCUUGCAAAGAUCAUCAAAGUUCGGCUGCAGAACAUCGAGAUGACCUUCCCAAAUAGCAUUUUCGACUGUCGCAUAAGUAUCAACAUUGAAGUCGAUUACCCGGGCGACAUAGAGGGGCUCGUGGCUAGUACAGAAGCCGGGAGGCCGGUUAGUCGCAAGAAAGAUCGUCUUUGUUAUGUCCACCAGGCGUGCGAAAUAGACCUUACCCAAGUAAUCAACCAGGUCGACGGUAGGCAGACCCACGAAGCCGAGAUCGAAUUGAACUCUAACAUGCUACGGCACGAGUUCCAUGGUGUUCGCGAAAAUAUACCCAACAGAUACGAGGACAUUGUGCGGUGUUUCAUGGACAAUAUUCGCGAAUUGGCCAGGUUUACCCAACCUGUUCCUCAGGCAUGAGAAUGGCCGAACAUUUUUUUUAAUAAAUGUUGUGUCUGUGCAUGACUUCUUUGGACUUUCUACAUUUCGCUUGCUGCGCCUUCUGUGUAUCCCGUGUUUAUGCAUUGCGCGGCGUUGGGAAAUAAAAUUCUUUCAGGACGGGAGACUCGGUUUCAUCUUGUAAUUCUAAUGUAUUUCUUUACCCGCCCGGUCUUCUACUCCUUCAAAACCAUUC